AUGUUUGCUGUUCCAAGGCCACCAUUGAUGGACGCCCAAGACUGGAAGUAUGAAAUGAGACGAGAAAUGCAAGAAAUCUUGCCUGGAUUAUGGCUGGGUCCCAUACAAUCUGCGAAAAAUGUACAGGCACUCAAAGAACAUGGUAUAACACAUGUGGUCUGUAUACGGGACUCUGGUGAGAAACAUAUUGUGAGGCCAUUCUUCCCAACGGAUUUCAUCUACUACGAAAUUGAAGUAUCAGACUCACCCAUGCAAAACCUCAUACCGUACUUUCCGGAUGCCAAAAAGUUUAUUGGAAAUGCCUUAAAUCAAGGUGGUCGAGUCUUUGUGCAUUGCAAUGGUGGAAUAUCAAGAUCUCCCGCCUUUGUCGUGGCCUUUGUCAUGGAAUCGCAGCAUUGGGACUAUCACACCGCAUUCUCAUUUGUCCAAAACAAGGCAAGUGUGGUUGCCUUGAGGUUUUGUAUGAAUCCUAUUGAGCAAUUCAAGUUGCAAUUGAAGGAAUAUGAACCUAUAUACAAUGCGCGUGAAAACAUUGCUUCUCUGAACUAUACCCCAGAACAAACACUCAUGCAAGGUGCAAAGAGGCGUCCUAUGCCUGAUGAAGAUGAUGAAGAUAUGGGAAUGGAAGUUGAGACAACUAGUUAG